AUGCAAGACGAUAUUGGCUCUCGCCAUAACAGCAAACACCAUGAGGAUGAUGUUGUCAUCCACAAUGACACCUUCGCCAUCAAGCGCGAGGCUCUGGGAGAUGACCUUCCUCCAAAUUACUGGCGAUCACCUGGCUUCAUUGGCACUGUUGCCGCGCUAUGCUUCGGCAACAUCUCCAAUUACUGCUCAUGGGUCAUGCCAUCGAACUCGUUAGCACUCAUCAAUGCCACCUUAGGACCAAGCACAAACAUCUCAUGGGUUGCACUAUCCUACACACUCGGUCUCUCCAUUGGCUUCCUGAUCGUUGGCCGUCUAUCAGACAUCUUCGGUCGACGAUGGUUCUUCAUCGGGGGCAACAUUUUGGCUCUCGUCUGUGGUAUCAUGGGCGCCGUCGCCAAGGACAUCAACACCUUGAUCGGAGGAAAUCUACUCGGAGGUCUGGCCGGUGCAGUGCAGAUCUCCUUCACCGUCGCCAUUGCAGAACUCGUGCCGAACAAACAUCGUCCUCUGUGGAUCGCAGCCAUCUUCUUCAGUAGCGUACAAUUUGCCGUCUUCGGUCCCGUCAUUGCACAAGAGCUUGUCCUGCAUACUGGACCUGGAUGGCGUGUCAAUUACUACAUGAAUAUUGCGGUCGCGGCGGCGGCGGUCCUAUGCUUUUUCUUCUUUUAUCACCCACCGACCUUCGAUCUGCUCCACGAAGAUCGAUCCAGAAUGCAGCAGCUCAAGAGACAAGAUGGUGUUGGCCUUGUCUUGUUCUGCGGUGGUCUCAUUCUGUUCAUCAUGGGUCUCAGCUGGGGUGGCACAACAUACCCAUGGACAUCUGCCCACGUAAUCGCCACGAUCGUGGUUGGCUUCCUCACGCUAGUGGCAUUUGUCCUGUGGGAUGCCUAUGGACAUCGCGGCGAUCCGCUCUUGCCACUUCACCUGUUCAAGACCCGUGGCUACCUCGCUAUGGUCCUCACUGCUAUGGUCGGAAGCUGUGUAUACUACUCCAUGAAUGUCCUAUGGCCCUCCCAAAUCGCCUACCUGUUCGUCGGCUCUGCAACACAUAAAGGCUGGCUAGCUUGUACAGUCGGUGGCGCAACACUCCUGGGCCAAAUUGUUGGUGCUACGAUGUGCCAAUACAUCAAGAAGUCGCGAUACAUUCUUAUCGGCGGUACGCUCUCCUUGCUAGCAUUCUCGGCCGCCAUGAUCAGCAUCAGGCCUGGUGAUGAGACCAAGGGCGUCGCCCUUAUGUUCAUGGCCUGCUUCUCGGUCGGGAUCAUUGAGACGUGUUCGCUUGCUCUCGCACCACUGGCAUUACCUUCUGAAGAUAUUGGAGCAGCACUUGGCGCCUUGGGAUCUAUCAGAUCAGGCGGCGCGGCUGUGGCUCUCGCCAUCUAUGUGACGAUCCUCAACAACAAGCUGAUGAAGCUUAUACCUUCAUACGUCGCGCCCGCUGCGACUAAUGCAGGUCUACCGCAGUCCUCCUUGCCAGAUCUGUUCAAGGCGCUCACUGCUGGAAACCUUACCAACGUGCCGGGCAUCACUACGCAGAUCGAGCUUGCUGUUGGCGCAGCGAAUGCAGAAGCAGCUGCCGAUUCUUUCCAGUUUGUCUGGUAUGCCGUAGUCGCCUUCGCUCUCGUGGCUGUUAUUGCUGCAUGUCUCACGGUCAACUACGGAGACUACUUGACUGAUAAGGUUGAGAGGAAGCUUCAUGGAGUAACAGUUGAAGGCCACCAUGGCCAGACCGCUAACGAUGAAAAGGUCUAG